AACUGGUUCCCAAUGUUUGUAAACUAGUUCCUAUUUGAUCCGGUGUUGAUUUGAGUUGACAGUCACGAAGAUGGCAUCGAUUCCAGACGCUCUAUCUGUGUGAUACUCGGUAAAUGAGAUCAUUCGCUUGAUUUUUUUGAAGACAACUGAUGAUCGAAGACGCAAAAUGCCUGAAAAACCUCUUCCGUUCAAAAAAACCCUGCAGAUGAGAAGGAAUUAUUUAGGGAGAGCCUGUAAGCUACAUUUUGAAGUGUCUCCCCUGAAAAUAGUGAGGGCCUCCAAGCAGUACCUGUAUGAUGACAAUGGGUGUGAGUACCUGGACUGUAUCAGCAAUGUCGCCCACGUCGGACACUGUCACCCCCACGUGGUGCAUGCUGGUCAGGAACAGAUGGGUAAACUGGUGACCAGCGCCGGUUUCCUCGAUGACAAGAUGGUCCAGUACGCCAAGCGCAUUAUCGAGACUCUGCCGGAUCAGCUCUGUGUUUGCUUCUUCGUAAAUUCAGGAUCAGAAGCGAAUGACCUUGCCAUACGACUGGCUAAAUCUUACACAAAGAAUGAAGAUUUCAUUGUCCUUGACCAGGCUUACCAUGGAAACAUAGGAAGCUUGUUAGAACUGAGUCCGUCCAGGUGGAAAAAGAUCGGCAUAACACAGAAGGAAUAUGUCCAUGUGGUGGACUAUCCAGAUCUCUACAGAGGGCGCCACAAAGAUGAUGCCAAUCCCGCUCUAAAGUACGCACAGGAAGUUCAUACAGCCAUUAAAAAGGCCAACGAGAAGGGGCGGAACAUGGCUGGCUUUCUGUGUGAGCCAUUGAUGAGUUUGUGUGGGGUCAUUAAUCCACCCAAGAACUACUUGCGAUUAGUCUACAGUUUUGUUCGGAGCAGUGGAGGAGUGUGUAUAGCUGAUGAAAUCCAGGUUGGGCUAGGACGAUGUGGGGAGUCUUUCUGGGCGUUCCAGAUGCACGAUGUGGUACCUGACAUCAUAACAGUUGGUAAACCUCUAGGAAAUGGCCACCCAAUGGCUCUGGUGGUCACAACAAAAGAAAUAGCGGACAGCAUUGGAGAAUUCAACAGCACAUUUGGUGGGAACCCAGUGGCCUGUGCCAUUGGAAUGGCUGUGUUAGAUGUCAUUCACAACGAAAAACUGAUGUCCAGUGCCCGCAAUGUUGGGAAGUGUUUAAUGGACGGGAUGCGGGCGAUCGCUCCAAAUCACCCAAUGCUGGGGGAUAUCCGCGGGACAGGAAUGGUGAUUGGAAUCGAGAUAGUGACAGACCAGGAGAGCAAAAAGCCAUCCAAAGAGGGUGCCGAGAUACUGGCUUACAAGCUAAAGGAACAGAAAAUAAUCGUUGCCAAUGAUGGUCCCAACAAGAAUGUGAUGAUGAUUCUACCACCCAUGUGUUUCACCUGUGACAACGCCAGGCGGGUGGUUCAGGCAUUCGACCUGGCUCUGGCUGACAUUGAGAAGGGAACCAGCAACAAACCGCUGGACCAGUCAGAGGAUGGCAAAAUGAACAUCCCUCUCAACAUUCUGUCUGGACUGGGCGGGCCUGCGGGAUUAGGGAUCAUGGCCGAGGAGGAGGAGGAUGACGAGCCUGAUGUGAAACGAGCUCGCUAUGACGAGAUGGACUGAUAAAAUGGGCUCGCUAUGACAAGAUGGACUGAUAAAACGAGCUCAUUAUGACGAGAUGGACUGAUAAGCUGUCUCAAAGAUGAGGUGGAAAAAGUUGGAUCUGAGCUUUAAUGAAGUGUAAAAUUUAAGCUCACUUUGUUUUUGUUGUUAUCGUAACAAGGCUUGUCUCAUUCCUUCAGCAAUGAACAUGAAAUACGAAAGUUUACAUCCAUGUUUUACUUUCUAUCAUAAAGAUUCAUCUGUAGAAAACUUGACAAUAUUUUAUUAUCAGGCAGGUUUUUGAUUUGCAUUGCAUUUGGACUUCGCAUAUUAGCAACAAAGCAAUGUGAUGUUUAGAUAUGGCCAGUGGUACAAUUCUUGUUUGCUCAACAGUAAAACCCUUCAUGUGAAAUAAAGUGGUCAUUUAUCAGUGGUAAUACAUGUACAUGUAGUACCUCAACUUUUUCAUGAAUCGCUUUAUACUGAUAUGUAUAUUAUCUCCAGCCAGUGUAGCUGCAGAACAAUGUGAAUUUGUGCAGCAAAUUUUAACUGAAUGUCACAAAUGUACAGGAUGAACAAUUUUCAUGAAGUAAUUAUUACAUGUAUUAGAAUGAAAACACCAUGUCUAUAUUUUUGCAAAUUCUUUAGAAGGAUUAACUUGAUACUGAUAAUCCAUGGUAGUGUUCCUCAAUAAACAUGAUAAACACUCAAGAUUCUUCAGCUUAAUUCACACAUUCCAAAAUAUUAUCAUUGCUUUCCAGGAUAUUUUCAGGGCAAGAAAGUAGAAUAUAAGAAUGGAAUGUGCAUAAAGAUGGCUGUUUGUUAUAUUUGAUGUGUCCUUGUCUUACUAGUGUGUACAUUUUAUAUGCAUGUAUAUUGUUAUGGAUUGAUGCCAAAACUAGUCUUUGUACCUGGUUGUAUUGUCAUUCAUCUUUUUAGUACAGGACUGUGUAAUUAUAAAGCCUUCAUUUAGAAAAUGGCGCAAUAUUCCUCACUGUUUACUAUGAUCGGUGUGUCAGAUAUGCACACCUGUAAGUUAAGAAGUUUCUUUGUAAAAAAAAAAGAAGUGCAUAGUUUUCACCUCUUUAUCCAUUUUUUGGGAAUAUUUCAUGCAAGAAAGAUAAUCGGGUUCAGAGGAUUAGUGCAAUAUCAUUACCGGUAUUCCCCUCCCCCCUUUUGCCAAAGGGUCAUCCACACCUCUAAACUUAUUCUUUUAAUAAUAUGUGACAAUGUGAAAUUUUUUAUGUAAAAUAAAAUUACCCGGUAUCUACAUCCGACUUUUGACCCACAAAUACACCAUGAGUUUCUGUUUACAUGAAAACUUUAAACAAAUUUAUGUUGUUUUCCUAAUUGCAACUUUUUUUUCUGGUCAUUUAAAUUAAUAGACAUGCUAGAAUAUAGUGUAUACAGGUUUUUUUUCGCCCAAUGAUUUUUUGCCCUUCUACACUUGAAAGUGCCUUCGCCCAGUCUUGAAUUCACCCAAAUACUAAUGUUAAAAAAAUAAAAUUUAAGAUAUUGGAAAUUGCCCAGCAGUAAAUUUGCCCACUGAGAAGAGCAAAAGGGGUGAAAAUAAAACGAGGGCUAUUAUUACCCUGCAUGCAUUAAUAUGAUUAGAGAAUACAUCAGUUUGUCCUAGUUUGAGAAAUUUCACUCAAAGAUGUGGAGGACCCUUCAUCUCCUUGUUAUGUAGAUAAUCAGUCUUAGGGCAGCUUGCUGUAUAAUGACGACCAGUUCUUUGUUAAUUUUUUCCUUUAUAUUUAUGAUAUGAUCUGCGUUUUGACUGUUCUGUAUCCUGUGUAAUUAAUUGUUCUCUCAUAAAUAUUGUUUUAAAUUAAUUUUUCAAAACUCUGAAAUGUUUGUAUGAUACAGUAGUUUUGAAUGAAAUAAAAGCUCCAUUGUAGAGCAACAGCUCUCAUGUCGAUAUACAAAGACCUUGGGCUAAUACCGGUAUAUAGGACGAGAUUUUAAAAUGCAGCGUUCUACACUGUAAAACAUGGUUACAGCAAGCAUGUUUAUGACUAAUUCGUGCUUACUUUAAAGUCGGUUUCAUUUUCUGAUCAUUACAUGCAUCUUCAAAAUGUAUUUUAAACUAAUUAAGCAUAAUAAAUUAAAUGUUUACGAAUCAAAUUUGUUUCGAUUAAAAUAUUUUUCUUUGUACAAGGUUGAAAUUCAAAGCCUCAAUCUGGGUUCGGGGUUCUGAUUUGGAUCUGUUGGUUAAUUAUACCAGUAGAGAAAAGGUAUCAUAUGCUGGAUAGAAUGAAAUAACAAAAUAUUUCAGUUUUUACAAUUUGUGUCUUUUUCUUUCAUAUUUGGAGUCGACAUUAAUAUUCAAGAUAUGAAUGAAAGAAAUGGUAACAAACACCAGUACAAUGUAACAGAUAUUGUGAGUUUGUUUUCAUUGUUACUCUGUUUUAUAUCGUGUUUUUAUUCUGUAUCUUAUACAUUGUACUUUGUUUUAAAUCAAUAUGCCAAGAUAAUAUAUUUCAUUGUUAUUUUUAUUGCACAGUUGUGCUCAGUAUAGGUUCAAAUGUAUUAUUAAGUACAAUGUACAAUAAUCAUUACCGUUAAUUUUGAUUAUAAUGCAACUGAUAUUAUCAAAUGUGCCAGAUGGUUGUGAAUUAUAUUUAAUACAUUGGAAGACAUCUUUCAUAAAAUGAAACUAUGUGCAUAAGUAAGCUGUACUGUCUGUUUUAUGUAAUAAAUAAAAAAUCUAUAAGAGCU